CCCGCAGGCUCCGGAGGGUAACAUUAUUUGUUGUCAAGGAUGGAAACAACUCAGAUUCGGGUCCAAGUGAUUAUUCGAUCUUGGCAUUGCUGCCGUUCUGCCAACUGCAAUUCCAUUUCAACACAGAUUAAUUCGCCAGGCAGGGACGGAAGUGGCUUUUAGGAGAGGCGUUGCCGCGGGGCCCCGGCUGGCCCACUUGCAGGAAAGUGGUGAGAGUGUGUGGACACGGAUGGCUUCCCAACUUCUACGGUGACGCUCCUCACACUUGUACUGACUGAGUGUCAAUGCCGCAGAGAAAACCUUCAAAUGUAACGGGAGGGGGGAACAAACACGUGACAGCCCCGCUCUAGCACCAGGAGGCCAACGCGGCGGAGCAGGGGGACUAGUUAGUGGUCGCAGACCUCAGCAGCUUAUCAGUCUUUUCUUUGUCCUCGUAUAACCACCCUGGGGCUUUUUUAAUUCCUGCGUGUGAAAAGGCAACCAUAUAGUAUUUUUUAUUUUUUGCUAUGACUUAAAUCAUAAAGACAAAUGAGAUGAAAUCACAAACUCGGGAAAGACGACUCUGCGUGAGAGUUGAAGAUUCCUUUCCAUUUCAAGGAGAGAAGUCAAGAUAUUAUUACCCAGUGAAAAAAUGAUGUAGUUUCCUCAUAACCUUCUUUUCCUAUACUUCAGGUUCCCUCUGGAAGGCUAUGAUGGGAAUGAGCGUGACAACUUGGACGGUUCCCCUGGCUCGUUGCCUCUGCCUGGAAGUUCAUUCUUUAGAAGUCAGGAACCUGCUGCCCUUGGUGGUGGACUCCCAGGAACAAGACGCUGUGUAGACCGAAAUGGAUGAGAGCAGCUCGGGGACCCCCGGACGUGUGCUCCCUGUGGUCUAGUCCAGGGACGCCCCUCGCGGGCCGGGUGGUCUGGGAUGAACGCCGUGGCUGCUGGACGCGUGGCUGAUCCCUGAGCGAGGAUGGUGCGCCGGGGGCUGCUCACCUGGGUCUCCCGGGUUGUGGUCUUGCUUGUGCUCCUCUGCUGCGUCGUCUCUGUCCUCUACAUGCUGGCCUGCACGCCAAGGGGCGACGAGGAGCAGCUGGGGCUGCCCCGGGCCAACGGCCCCACGGGGAAGGACGGGUACCAGGCGGCAAUGCAGGAGUGGGAAGAACGUCACCGCGACUACAUCAGCAGCCUCCAGAGGCAGCUCACACAGCUCCAGGAGGAGCUGCGGGAGAGGAGCGAGCAGCUCAGGACCGCGCAGCGUCUGACGGGGGACCCCGCGGGCCCCCCCGGGAGGGCCCAGGCCGACCUGCUGGCCUUCCUGCGCUCCCAGGUGGACAGGGCGGAGGUGCACACCGGCGUCAAGCAGGCCACCGAGUAUGCCGCUGUGCCCUUUGACAGCUUCACCCUGCACAAAGUGUACCAGCUGGAGACGGGCCUGACCCGCCACCCCGAGGAGAAGCCCGUGCGCAAGGACAAGCGGGAUGAGCUGGUGGAGGUCAUCCAGCUGGCCGUGGAGGCCCUGAACAGCCCGGCCGAGAGCAGCCCCGACCAGCGUCCUUACACGGCCUCGGACUUCAUCGAAGGCAUCUACCGCACAGAAAAGGAUAAAGGCACUUUGUACGAGCUCACGUUCAGAGGAGACCACAAGCACGAGUUCAGACGCCUUGUCUUGUUCCGACCGUUUGGCCCCGUCAUGAAGGUGAAGAAGGAGGAUUUGAACAUGGCCGGCACGCUGGUCAAUGUCAUCGUCCCACUGGCCAGGAGGGUGGACAAGUUCCGGCAGUUCAUGCAGAAUUUCAGGGAGAUGUGCAUCCAGCAGGAUGGGAGAGUUCAUCUCACCGUCGUUUACUUUGGAAAAGAAGAAAUGAAUGAGGUCAAGGGAAUACUUGAAAACACUUCCAAAGCCGCCAACUUCAGGAACUUCACCUUCAUCCAGCUGAAUGGGGAGUUCUCCCGGGGAAAGGGGCUGGACGUGGGCGCCCGCUCCUGGACGGGGCGCAACGUGCUGCUCUUCUUCUGCGACGUGGACAUCUACUUCACCUCCGAGCUCCUCAACACCUGCAGGCUGAACACGCAGCCAGGGAAGAAGGUAUUUUAUCCGGUCCUUUUCAGUCAGUACAAUCCUGGCAUAAUAUACGGCCAUCAUGACUCGAUCCCUCCCUUAGAAAAGCAGCUGGUCAUAAAGAAGGAAACUGGGUUCUGGAGAGACUUCGGGUUCGGGAUGACGUGCCAGUACCGGUCUGACUUCAUCAACAUAGGUGGGUUCGACCUGGACAUCAAAGGCUGGGGUGGCGAGGACGUGCACCUUUACCGCAAGUACCUGCACAGCAACCUCAUCGUGGUGCGGACGCCCGUGCGGGGCCUCUUCCACCUCUGGCAUGAGAAGCGCUGCGUAGACGAGCUGACGCCCGAGCAGUACAAGAUGUGCAUGCAGUCCAAGGCCAUGAACGAGGCGUCCCACGGGCAGCUGGGGAUGCUGGUUUUCAGGCACGAGAUAGAGGCCCACCUCCGCAAACAGAAACAGGAGACAAGGAGCCAGAAAACAUGAGCUCCCAGCGGCCCAUGUGGGGAGACGGUUUAUUUUUUUUCCUUUUGCAGUUACCAAAUGAAUGGCUGCAACAAGGAAAAGAUUGCCCUGAAGAGCAAGAAAAGAAUUUGACUGAUGAAAAGAAUUUGAUGAGUAAAGCAGGCGAGGGGAGAGCCUCCUGUUUCCCUCUGCCUGUUUAGCUUCUGCAACAGGAGCUGAAACCCCUCAACCUGGCUUGCAAAAACAGCCCAAACGCACCCGUCCGGUGUCUGACAAAGGCGGCCUGAUCGUGAGAUUGUGAGCCUAAUGGUGUGUUUACAGCAAAGCAAGAGCUGUUUGUUUUCUAUGCUUACUGAAAUAUUCAUGAACAAAGACCAGUUUUGUAAAAAGUUCAUUAGAAUGGAAGGCCAGCACAUCCCUCCCCAUCUGAGUGAUUAUCAGCGGGGCUGUAGUGUCUGGGAUGCUGAAAUGUCAGGAGGCCGGUGAGGAGAGACCGUGUGAAAUUCAAAGAUACGCUCAUCGUGAUCUUUGUGAAUAUAUCAAGCAAAACCAAAUGGACUAAAAACGAAAAAGAACCCAUAGCUAUUAUAUCAUCUCUGCCCAAGAUUAACCAAAAAUAACCUGCUCAUCCAUAUUUUUGGUUGUAGUUUUAACAAUCUGUUAAUUUUAUUUAAAAUACACUUUUUUGGCUUAUGAGUUAUAUUCUGCUUAUUUAAUUACCAGUUCGCAAGCCUUACUAAGAGAGCAUAAGUAGCUACAUUUUUACAUUUUUUUGAGAAGAUACUUUUAGCUGCAUUAUGAGAACUUUCAGUUCAGAGCAUGGGAUUGUUACCCACAUCCGAGGACUUGGCAGUGCCCUGCGGGCGCUGGACGGCAGACGGUCACCGUGGGGAAGGCGUGGCCUGGGGCUGCUGACCGAACGAGACACAGGGAUACUUUAUCUGAAGAGUAUUUCCGGAGAGGAGCAACUGAACACUGGAGGGAAAGGAAAAUGUACUUUUUACCUUAACAGAAAAGGAAACAUUCAGACUGGUGAUAGAAGUCAGAAAACACAUUUUCUCCUCAGGGGAACUGGGGACCACUUUCUUACCUGUUUAAAUAAACCAAAGCUGACUGUGUGAACCAAACAUUCUCUUUUCCAAGCAGGGUGCUGUUCCUGGCUUCUGGCUUCCACGAGAAGAAACGCAGGAAAAUGUCUUUUGUGAAAGGUCGCUCCAUCUGCCGGCAUCCAGCGGGACGGAGGACUGUGCUGUGUGUUCACCCACUCCAGCCAAGGGGCAGUAACUAAUUAUUUUUUAAAUUAAGCUGUUCUACCCAGUCAACCAAGAUGCUUCUGAAAAUUGCCUUUUAUUAUAGUUUCCAACUAUUUAAAAACAAAAUAAACGCAGUUAACAUUGA